UGAUUAACCUUGCAGCUGCCAUUUUCAAGGGAACAGAAGAAGGUGCAAAAAGUAAAUAAAUGUAAAGGUGUGUGUGUUUUGGGGAGGGGGAGAGCAGUCCUCUUCAAGCAACGCUUUCUGGCCGAGGGAAGAGGAUCAGGUGACUCGCUCCAAAGGUAACAGGAAGUUGUGCUGGUUAAAAUAAUGAAAGAUCGGAAAGAAAGAGUCAGGGAACAGCAACCGCCUGGGAUCCAAGAGGAAUGCCGAUGAACACCUGCAAACUAAGGGAGAGCAAAUACGUAGGAUGCAACCUGGGGACCAAAAGACAUCUUCCCAACCCUUCUGUGUGGCCCUUGGGACUCUCUCCAGCGUUGCACCCUUCUUGAGUGUCUUUUUUGGCCCAUCUUGCAAUGUGUCCUGAUCAUGCCUCUCGUUUGGAUGGAGUAGAGACGGGGGUGCGAGAGUGUGUGUAGGAACUAGCCGACUUCACAAAGGUGACGGCAUUACAGGUUCUUCCAGAGGUUCCCCAUGCGCUCCUGGAGCUCAGCACCAGGCCCUUUCUGAAGCAUGUAUAACAGCAAGAGACCCUACGACAGCCCCCCAACCGGAUAUGGGCCGUCCGGUGAUGACUAUGGGUACGACAUUCGCUCCCCUCCCCCCGGCUCUUACUACAUCGAUGACGUGCCCCAGCAUUUUUACAAAUGGAACUCUCCCCCUGGGGUGGUGAGGAUCUUGGAGGCUGUGGGGAUCCUCCUCUGUGUCGCCAUCUUUGCCUGUGUGGCGUCCACCCUCGCCUGGGAAUAUGGCUACGGCUACGGUGGGAUGUAUGGGGGCACAAUGGGCGGCUACUACGGCGGCAGCUACGGCGGCAGCUACGGCGGCCUGGGUUCCUACGGGAAUGGCUACGGUGGGGGCCUGGGCAUGGGCUACUACGGGAGCACGGUCAGUCCUCGCUCUGCCAACGGCUUCAUGAUCGCCAUGUCAGUGCUCUGCUUCAUCGCCCUUCUGGCCCUUGCCAUCACCAGCCUCACCAAGUCCAGCGGUUCCCGCUCCAGAAGGUUCUACCUGGUGGUCAUCGUGGUGAGCGCCAUUAUGGCCUUCAUCAUGCUGAUCGCCUCCAUCGUCUACGUUGUGGGGGUCAAUCCGCGGGCUCAGAUGUCCAGCAGCUACUACGUCAACCCCAUGCUGGCCAUGUGCAACAACAUGUAUGCGACUGGGGGGUACGCCAGCCAGUACCUCUACCAUUACUGCACCGUUGAUCCUCAGGAGGCGAUUGCCAUUGUCUGUGGUUUUCUCCUUGUGAUCCUCCUCUGCGUCAUUUGCUUCUUCGCCCAGAAGACCCGUCAGAAGAUCUGGAGGUACGGGAAGGCCAACAUCUACUGGGUCAGGCCUCUGGGGGUCCAGGAAGGCCCCAACGUGGAGGAGUGGGUGAAGAAUGUCACCGACGCAGCUAGCACCCACGACGAGACGGCCACCCUCGCCUACUCGGAGAAGCCCAUGAGUCCCGUCAAUGCUCCAGCCAGCCCGUACAAGCACAAAGUCUCCGGGAAUGGCUACUAUGCUGCAGAAUACCAGACCAGCCCACCUCCCUACACAUCCAACGACAAGCCUGCCCGGACAUUUAGCUCCAGCACGUUGGAAGAGAACGUCAAGGAGAGCCCCAGAAAGUCAUCUGCCCGCAAGGGCCGGAGACGGCAGAGGAACCCGGAACUCGAAGAAUCACAGUAUGAGACCGACUACACCACAGCUGUGGAUUCCAGUGACGAGCGGGACCAGGAGGAAUGGAGCAGCCUGUACCCCCCAAUCACGUCAGACGGAGUCCGCCAGGAGUACAAGCAAGAAUUUGACGCUGACCUCAAGCAUUACAAACAGCUAUGCGCCGAGAUGGACGCCAUCAACGACCAGAUCAACCAGCUUAGCAAACAGCUGGACCUUCUGUCUGAAGACAGCCUGCAGUACCAGGGGGUGGCCGAAGAAUACAACCGGCUGAAGGAUCUGAAGCGUACUCCAGACUAUCAGAGUAAGAAAAUGGAAAGCAAAUCCUUGCGGAAGAAGCUCUUCCAUAUCAAGCGGAUGGUGAGCGAAUAUGACAAGAGUCAUGCGUAACUCGGCGAGAUGACGUCGGCCCCUCCCGAAGGUGUCCGCGGGUGAGGCGAGCACUUCCAUUUUUCUACCCCGGUUUUCUGAAGGGCUCGGCCAAAAGAAAGGAUGGCCGCUUUCUUUCACCUGUAUACAUCCGUCAUGGCGGAAAACGUUUAAUCCAUCUGCAUGCCAGUUUUGCAAACUUGGGGAAAAAAACAAAAGACCACUCCAGGCGUUUUCUUGAGACAAUGGACUGGGAUCGUGAAAAGAGAAAAGAGCAGGAUGCAGAACAAAUGGAAAACUUACAUAUCCUCGCUUACACAGGGUGCUGGUCUGCAAACAUUUCAAAAUAUACCUUCCCCCCCAUAUAUGUGCAUAUAUAUAUAUAUAUAUAUAUAUAUAUAUAUAUAUAUAUAUAUAUAUAUAUAUAUAUAUAUAUAUAUAUAUAUAUAUAUGUAUAUAAUUUAUGUGGGUUUUUUUGGUGCCAAACAGGGGUGUAGUCAUCCAGGGUCUUGGGGAGGGUGUCUUAGACCCUUUACUUUUUUGGGAGCAGGGUUCCAGCAGGGUCUCUGUGUGCCCAGCAAUCAGCGUGAAAGGGGAGUGUGUUAACCACUGAGAAGAGUCUUCUGACAUUCUUCCUUGUCCUUUCCUGCUGCUUGGAGCCAAUCUCUGCCUUUUCAUGAUGAUUGGCUCCUAGGGAUGUCUGUUGUUGUGGGGGAAGGCAUUAACAAGGAUCUCAUUCUCAACCCAGCAGCAAAAUAAAAAGGGGGGGAGGGUGGUGUGUGGCUGUGAGUAUCAUGAAGGGACCCUGCACUUCUGAAUUUGCCACUGCAUGACUGGUGCCAAAAAGAGUUUAAAAACUGUGGGUUGUAUCCAGCUAAGUUACAGGCCUUAUACUGAAUCAGACCGUUGGUCCAUCAAGCUCAGUACUGUUUACACUGACUGGCAGCAGCUCUCCAUGGUUUCAGAUGGGGGACAUUCCCUCCCUGGAGAAUUGAACCUGGGACCUUCUGCAUGCCAAACAGGUGGUCUACCACUUAGCUGCGGCCCUACCCCUCAAAAUAAACUAAGUUUCCAGUCCUCAUGAUUCUGAUGAAAAGGUUGAUCUAAAUAGGAACACAGGCCUUGUACUGAAUCAGACCAUUGGCCCAUCUAGCUCGGUAUUGCCUGCACUGGCUGGCAGCUGCUGUUCAGGUUUUCAGUCAGGGAUCUUUCCCAGCCCUACUUAGAGAUGCCGUUGGGGAUUGAACCAGGGACCUUCUACAUGCAAAGCAGAUGUUCUGCCACUGAGCUAUGGUCCUUCUUCGAAAAAUUAAAAUGAAAGCAAGGUUCCGGUCCUCAUGAUUAUGAAUCAGGGGCUGAUUUAAAGAGAAACAGGAAAAGCCGCCUUGUGCUGGGUUCAUCUAGCACAGGAUUGUCUACGCUGAUUGACUGCGACUCUCUAUGGCAGGUGCGGAGAACCUUUCGCCUUCCAGGUGCUGCAGAGCCGUCAACUUUCCGCAAGGACAGCCAGUGAUGGGAGUCGUUGUUCAGCAACCUCUGGAGGGCCAAAGGUUCCCCACCCCUGGCCUAGGGUUUCAGACAGUAUUCUGAGCACUGACAGGCAGCACCUCUCCAGGAUUUCGGACACAGAUUUCUCCCAACCCUACUUGGAGAUGCCAUUGAGGACUGAACCAAGGGCCCUUACUGCUUGCAACACAUGUGCUUUUCCACGGAGCCAGGGCCCUUCCCUUUCAUCUUCCUACUCCAAGUAAGCCCACUGAAACCAAUGGGCUGAAGGCAACCAUGUCCAUCUGUUUUGAUGGGCCUGCUCCGAGUAAGACGUAGUUAAGCCAUUAAGGAAGAAAUGGGCCCCUUUAAACAAAGCAAGCCACUAUUGAUUCUGUUUUGUUGUACAAGAGUCAGCCACAGUAGAGGUGAUGGGUUGGACCAUAAGGGGUAAUAUCCGUUGUUAGUCACAGUAGAUCCACUGAAACCAGCGGACUUAAUGGACGUGUGUUCUUUCAUUUCAAUGGAUUUAUUCAGCGAAUGAGUAAUGUUGCCUGCCACUCAAUACAUGUAUGUAAAAUAUUGAUUGAGACAAAUGGAAUUGAACCAAGAGUCAAAGGGUGAUAUUUGUAGGUUUAGGUUUAUUAAAUCUGUACGUUAUUUCCUGCUAAGAAAGUCCCGAAGCAAUUUACGAUGAAAGUUAAAAGUAUGCAAUAAUAGAAUUGCAUUGAUGUUAUUAAAGCAGAUUGAACAGUAAAAUCA